AUGCUGGAGUUCGAGGUUGAAUCUGUUAGGAGGAGCCGAAGGGUGUUUAUAUCGGGAGAUGAUAGGGAUGAUCGAGGCUGGACCUUGCUCCACAUCCAUGCUAGGAAAGGUGACCUCAGAGGGGUGAGACGGCUUCUUGAUGAAGGAAUGGAUGCUAAUGUGGCUGCCUUGGGCCCGAAGUCCCACGGACCUAAGGUUGGCAAGGGAAUAGGGCAAGAUGAAAAGAAGGUUGAAGAUGAGAAGAAAGGCCGGUUUUUCUCCCAGUCCCACGCGUGCCUGCUGCGUAUCACGUAUCUGGUUCUGGAGACGCCGCCGCCGGCACCACCAAGAACACCAGAAGGCGAGGCGAUCGAUAGACGACACACGCUGAAGCCUGAACCUGAGGCCUAA